GCCGGCUGCAGGAAGGGCGGGCAGCACGUGGGGUGGCAGCAUGGCGGCGGCGGCGGCGGGCGGCCGGAGGGGCAAGGCUCCGCGUGGGGCGGCGGGGCGGCGGCGGCUGCGGACGGUGGCGCCGGCCGCCGAGAGGAAGCCGCGGGUACCGGCCCGGCGGCCCGGCGACGAGGAGGUGUCCAGCGACUCCGAGCCAGAGAGUCCGUCGGUGCCGCGGCGGCGCAGGGAGGUGGCGGAGGAGGAGGUGGAGGAGACGCCGCAGGAGAAGAAGCUGCGUCUGGCCAAGCUGUACCUGGAGCAGCUCCGUCAGUACGAGGAGGAGCGGGCGGCAGAGGAGGAGGAGGAGGAGGAGGCGGCGCAGCCGGCAGAUCUCAUCGGCGACCGGCUGAAGGAGGACGUGCUUGAGCAGAGGGGCCGGCUGCAGCGCCUGCUCGCCAAGGACGUGCAGCCUCCAGAUCCAGCCAGCAUCCGUGUGCUGCGGGGGCACCAGCUGCCCGUCACCUGCCUGGUCAUCUCUCCAGAUGACAGGUUCAUCUUUUCUGCUUCCAAGGAUGGCUCCCUCAUCAAAUGGGAGGUCGAGAGUGGGAAAAGGCUGUGUGUGGUGCCCGGGGGGAAGAAGGGCACCGAGGAGCAGCACAUGGGGCAUGCAUCCCACAUCCUCUGCAUGGCCAUCUCGUCGGAUGGCAAGUACCUGGCCACGGGAGACCGGAACAAGCUCAUCAUGAUCUGGGAUGCAGCCACCUGCAAGCGCCUGCACAUCUACACUGGGCACCAUGAUGCCAUCUCGGGUUUGUCCUUCCGGAAGGGCACGCACCAGCUUUACAGCGCCUCCCACGACCGCUGCGUCAAGGUCUGGGAUGUGGCAGAGAAUGCAUACGUGGAGACACUCUUCGGGCACCAGGAUGUCAUCACAGGGCUGGACAGCCUGAGCCGGGAGUGCUGUGUGACGGCGGGGGGACGGGACGGCACUGUGCGGCUCUGGAAGAUCCCCGAGGAGUCGCAGCUCGUGUUUUAUGGGCACCAGGGCUCCAUUGACUGUAUCCAGCUCAUCAAUGAGGAGCACAUGGUGUCCGGCGCCGAUGACGGCUCUGUAGCCCUCUGGGGCAUGACGAAGAAGAAGCCACUGGCACUGGCCCAGCAGGCACACGGCAUGCAGGAUGCCCAGGGCUUGCAGCAGCCUUACUGGAUCUCAGCAGUGGCUGCCCUGCGCAACAGUGACCUCCUGGCUACAGGCUCCCACAGCGACAGUGUGAAGCUCUGGAAGUGUGGUGAGGGAUUUCGGAAGCUGGAGCCCCUCUUGGACAUCCCCUUGGUGGGUUUUGUCAACAGCCUGAAGUUCUCGGCAGCUGGUGACUUCCUGGUGGCCGGCCUCGGGCAGGAGCAUCGGCUCGGCCGGUGGUGGAGAAUCAAAGAAGCCAAAAACAGCAUCUGCAUCAUCCCCCUGAAGCAGGGGGCUGCAGCCCCGCAGGCCCCACCAGCUCCUGGCCCCCUGGCCUCGGAGGCAGGUCAUUAAACUGUCCCUGAAGCUGUGCCCCUCGUCCUCCAUGCAGCCACCCUCCUGGGGCCAGUAGGACGUGGGCAGGGGAUGUUGCAUGGCCCCCUGACCCUGCUGGCCUCUGCCCUCUGCGAGGGUCUGUCCACUUCCCUCAGGUUUGGCUAGACCUGAGCUCUGGAAGAGUCAAUUUUUUUAAUUUUUUUUUUUUAAAAAAAAAACCACUUUAUUUACAUAAAUUACAAAAAAAAAUAAUCACACUUGCUCACAGAAAAAAAUCUACUCUUAAAAACUUG